AUGCUAUGGGGAGAUGAUUUCUUUCUAUCUUACCUAUCAAUCUCAGUUGGUUUAUUAUACUUCAUCUAUUCUUGGUGCAAAUCAGUGGGAGUAAAGGGAAAUAAUUUCUUCACCAAUUUGUUCGAUUUUGAAGAAGAAGUCGAUUUGCAGGUAUCUCUUUCUGAAGAAGAAGUUGAUUUAAUUUGCAGGUCUAUUGGUUGGCCCCUGUACUCCUCUACCAUGGAAAAUCAUCACAAAAAUGAUUUAUCUGUUUGUCACAAAGGAUUAUGUGUUUGUGAUGAUUAUCUGAUAUGCAAGGGUGAAUGAAAUUAGCCAGUGGAACUCAUUCAAUAAGUCCUUCACGUUUCUUCACGUUUAAACAACCUAGGUUACUCUAGAUGAAGUGCAAUUUUGUGUUGCCAACAAACUGUAACUUAAGAACAAAACAAGUUGAAACGCUUUUUUUUUUUUCUCUAAAGUAGUAAUCCCAUGGUUGCAUUGUUGUUCGUUAAUAAUUAACAUUUGGUAAUAUUUAAUUUGUAGGUGACAACUUGAAUUGAAAGUCACCUUGAUUUAUGCUUUCAGAAAAAAAAAAGUUGAAAAGG